AUGGAGGCUGAAGAGCUAGCUGAGUGCUGUUCAGAGUGUUAUGGGAACAUGCUGAAUGUUGACACAACUGGAGCUUUGGGGACAACUGUGAAAGCAGAUGGUGUGAGCUGUAGAAGACAGCAGCAGAACAUAGAGAAAUACCAGGCCAAGAUAGCAAAAGCUGGCAAUGGUGAGGGUCUUGCUCCAGUUGUGAUUGAUUGCUGGUGUUACCUUCCAAGGGCUGGGACAGAACUGAAGGAUGGCCUGGGUGACCAUGGGAAUGCAUUUGGCUUAACACAGGCUGGCAAACGGUACCAUAAGAUUGGCAAGCCAUGGAACACUGAAGAGCACCUAGGACAAGACACAGAGAUUUUAUACAGGAUGAUAACCAGAAAAAAAUCUCUAUCUUGGACAGAGGAACAGCACCUCAGAGGUGGGAUCUCAGCCUAUAAUGCAGGAGUUAACACUGUCCAGACCUACAACAAAAUGGGUAUUGGCAAAACACACAACUAUGCCAAUGAUGGGGAUGUGAGAGCCAGGUUUUAUAGGAAAUAA